GACUCGGGCUGGGGGAGGUCGGGGAGGGGGCGAUAAAAUGGCGGAGGGGGCACAGUGAGGCGCAGUCCUUCGCCCAGGCUUUGGCCCGGCUUCCAGAGGAAGGUGGGAGUCAAUCAUUUUGACAAGUCUCCUGAAAGAACAGCUAGCAGGAGCUGAAAUCUUUUUCCACUUGGUCUCGUGGCAAAGGCAGAGAUUGCUCCAGCAGCUUCACAAAUAUGAUGUGCUCUCUAGUGCCCUCUGGACAGUCUUCUGGUACCUCUCUCAUAUCUAAAGACAAUGCCCCAUUUUCCUGGGGUUCCUUAGAUGAGGAUGAGUUGGAUGACUCCUUGCUGGAGCUGUCUGAUGGAGAAGAAGAUGAUGGCCAUUACAGUUACACAGAGGAAGAGAUUGAGGAGCUCUUGAAGAUUGAUGAGCCAUCAGAUGACCAUCCUUCUUGGGAAGAAGGGUUACGUAAAGAUGACAGCGGGCAUAUUGAAAAGGGAGAAAGAGGGAGUCAAAUUCUACUUGAUACUCCCCAAGAGAAAAAUUCAUUAUACAGCUUGGGACCAGUAGCUGAGACCCCUGGCUUCUUUAAACUACCUCAGCUAAGUACGUCAGUUGGUCAUGGACCAACUCCCACUAAACCAUUAAACAGACGCUCUACACUAGAAAAGAAUCUUAUAAAAGUAACUGUUGCACCAUUUAAUCCAACAGUCUGUGAUGCUGUGCUUGAUAAGGACAAAACUGAUUCAUCCAAAGAUACUGAAAAAUCAUCCUUCCUUGGGGAAGAGUUGAGAGAAGAUGGUCAUAGCCUGAAUGAGAGCAAACUUUGCACUGAGUCUGAAGGUAUCAACCCCAAUAACUCUGCUUGGGAUAGGCUCCCACUCUCCUCUCCUUCAAACAAUAACUUUCAGCAAACCAUCUCUGAUAAAGAUAUGCCUGACAGCCAGAAAUCUACACCUGCAUUUUCUCAGAUCUCAGACCAUUCAGAAACUCCUUCUAAUAUGGGGUCAUCCUGGAGAAAUGGUGGAUCACAUAAAUCAAGUUGUGAAAUGAAGUUUCCCAUUGUUUCUAGUUCAUCAAACAAAGAUGUUCUUGAUAAGGAUGCUGGGAAGAUGAAAGGCCGUGAGAGAAGACUAGGCAAAGUCACUCCUGUUCUACAGACCAAAACCAGGACUAAUGUUGCGACAUUUUCACAAUCAAAUCUAGAACAGCAGAAGCAAAUUUAUCUCAGGAGUGUCAUUGCUCAUAUAGAAGACCCAGUGGACUCUAACCAAGGUCCCUGGAAGGAGCUGUAUGCCCUGAUGGAAGUUCAUCAUAUGCAGAACUCAAAAUGGCAGCAUCCUUCGGACCUCACCAUGAGAAACUACGCCCGCCGACAGAAAACUCUGCAAAGAUACAGUCUGACUCAGUGGGUUGACAGGAACAUGAGAAGCCACCAUCGAUUCCAGCGUCUCCCAGAUUUAUCGUACAAUCCAUUUGUCUCAUCCCAUCAGCAAUGAAGGUCCCUAUCCAGGGUCCUGUUCAGAGCAGCAUCUCAUUUUCCUUUGCUGUUUUGUGCUUCGUAGAGUUUGAAUUUCAUUUUUUACAAGAUUUUUAUUUAAAGAAAUUGUCACCUUUUAGAAAUGUCCAUUGCUGACUUGAAUUUUUUUGUAUGAGCUCUCUCCUGAUUUUAUGUGUGUCUGUCUGUGUUUAAGCAGUUUUAAGUUGAUAUAAUUUUUUUGUUUUUAUUUAAAUUGAAGGUGGCUACUUCCUGAAAGCCAGCAUUAAGCCAAAACACCCAGGCUCAAGCAUAACACCCACCUCUGCAUAGGUGAAGUCUACUUGUGGUGCCCAAAAGAAGUCAUCUUUUAAUCUCCUGUAAAGAGGAGAUUCUUUACCAGGCUAUAAGCCAGUGUUAAUUAUUACUGAUGACUUGUGAAUGGAUAUAAGUCACUUUUAACAACCCCUCUUUUAUUUGAAUCUCUGAAUAUCCUUCAGUAUUUUAAAGCUGGCAAUCCAGGAAAUUUGGAGUAGGAGAAAAAUCCUGUUGAAAGGACAAAUUAAAAAUGUAAGUCCUCUCCUCUCCUUUCUGUAUCUACUAGCUGCCGUUAUUUAUUUUUUAUUUUUGGCUUUUUUUCAUUCCUCAUUAAACUUAUUUUGCACAGUAGUGUUUACAAAUCUUAUACAUUUUAACUCUGACAGAAUACUUAUGACUAACCCCUGACCCCUGUUUAAUACCUUGUGGUUCUGUGACUGGUUGUCUCCUCUGCCCUUCUUCAAGGAUUUUCUCCCCCCCACCUAGUGAUCACUCUGCUCCUUAGAGUUCUACUGGCAGUAUUCCUUUCCUGUAUCCUGUCAGACAUCGAUAUGCCUCUUCAGAAUGGCCCCCUUGCUGUCUCUAUUGAAGAGCUGCCCAGAGUCUUGACUCUAGGACAGGCCAGUACCAUUAUGUGGUCAGUUGGUCUUCAGUUUCAUCUGCUGAAUCCCAACUUUAAGCAUGGGUUGAUGUGUCAAAUAUGGGUGUUAGUUAGGGAGCCUCCAGCCUGUGAGAAAAACUUUGGAGAGGCACUCUUGUCUCCAUUAUUAGUUAACAAGAGGUGCCUUUAGACCCUGGCUGUUACCAUCUCAUUUGGUCAAGUCCCUGAUGCAUAAUUUCACAUAACUGCUGAAGUGGGUCUAAUACAAUUGUGACAAAGCCUAUGCACAAAAGCAUUACCUAAUCUUACAGUUUGGUAUUCUAACCAAAGUUGACAGACUUUGUGCAUCUGUCUUAAUGGAUAUCUUAGGAGUUUGUUAUUCUCUCUUUGCAGAUAGCUCUAGACAUCAUUUUAGGAAGUUUUACAGUCUGGUAUUUUUGCUAUUGUUCAUUCUCUGAAGUUGCUCAUAAUUGCUGUAGCCCCUAUCUUGUUUUAUAGUUUCAUCGACCCCAUCUUUGUAUGUGAGUAACGCAUCUUAAACAUCCAAUCCCACUUUAGAAACUGACUUGGGAAUACCUUGGUCAUUCAGAUCACCAGUAAAUUCAGAUGGAUGUCCCUAAGUAUUUACUGUUUAUCCAGUUAAGGAUUCUCUUUUUCCUUAGACAUUUGGUUUAGCUUCUAGGACCAAAAUGCAAAGGAGAGGUUCUGUUCAAAGGUAGUAUUCGAAAGUCUAUUAUUUCAGUUGACACAAUUGGCAUUUACUAUGUUGGUCAAUUCUCCAGGCUACCCUAAAUUAGCUUGGAGUGAGACAUGCCAAACAUCUACCUUUGGGACCAUAGCAUAGUUAAAAUUAAAUGCAGCUGGAAUAGCUAGCAUUGCAGCUGUCAAGUUCCCACAGAUAACUCAAGGAGUAAAGGGAUAGCAUUUUGCUUAGGCCAAAUUCUAAGACUCACGUUCCUGCCCUCCUGGUACAGAGGGGUUUAAGACUGAAUGUGUAAGGAGGGCAUUGCCUUUGCCAAAUCAAAUGAGUGACAGGUUAACUAGAAAAUGUGACAAUCACAUUUCCUCUUAGCUCAAAUAAUUGUUUUUCCAAAGCUUUAACAGCUUAAUUAAAUCUGUUGGACUGGGGGAGGAGAGAGCUGUUCUGUAGUGGUUAACAUGGUAUUCUUUAAGAAGAAAACACAAAGCCAAAGAAAACUCAUUAUCUGGCAUGUUCGCCUUAAAGAUGGUAGUGGGUAGAAUCUGGAGUUUUAACAACUUUUCAACGCUGCGUAUCUCUUGUAUUUGAUGUGGCCUCUAAGUCUAUUAUUUCAGGUAGAAUUCUUGCUGUAUUUUUUAUUUGAGUAAGGGUUAUGUGCAUUUAUUUAACUGCCUACCUAGCUUUCUUCAUGACUACAUUCCUUCACCACAGGGGUCUUGACAAAGCAAAAUGUGCUGUUUACAUAGUUUACUUGUAAGUAAGGAGCCUGAAAUAACCUGUAGUUUUGCAUCUAAUACAGGCCCUGAUUUACUUGUGGUGUUGUCAGGAUCAAUUAUGAAACUGAAGUUUGGUGCCUCCUCUUUAUCAUGUUUUUUCCCUUGUAGCAGUUGUGUUCAAUGUCAUUAAAAAGAAAUAAAAGUUCUGUCAGUGGCAUA